AUGCGUGUCUUGUCACUUUUUGCCCUCGUGGCGCCCCUCGUUUCGGCCAUCCAGUUUCAGGAGCCGUUCGCCAACUCGACCCUCAAAAAGGGGGAGACGUACAGCGUGAAGUGGAGCAGUGUCGACACUGAUCCCACCGUGUUCAGCAUCUUCCUGGUCAACUUUGUCGACUGGCCCCCCUUUUACACCCAGGUUGCUUCCGAUGUUCCGACCUCCGAGGGCGAGCACAAGGUUACUGUCCCUUGUGAUGUGAACUCCUCGUGGGGCUUCCAAUUCAACGCCAUCAACGGCACCAACGUCUUCGUCAUCCACGCCCAAACCCCUAAGUUCUCCAUCCGUGACGGCGAUUGCCACGGUGCCGGCCCCAUCACGCCGCCGGACGAGUCGUCUUGCCACCCCGUGACCGUCACCGAGACCGCCACCAGCACCGUCACCGUGUCCCCCACCUGCUCUCUGCUGCCGCCGUCCUCCGAGGAGUCUGCCACCAGUGUCGUUGUUAUGCCCAGCGCCGAGCCCAGCGCCCCUUCUGCUUCGGUCCCCGCCAACCCUGAGCCCACCGAGGGUUCCGAGGAUGUUUCGGAGCCGACCGUGACCAGCCCGCCCGUGGUGGGUGGUGCUGAUGAUGGCUCGGAGGAGGACGCCAUUACUAGCACCGUGUACUCGACCGUGUACCGGGAUUUGUCGGAGGUUGAGGACUGUGCCCAUCUCUGCUCGGCUUGA